UGUCGCGCUCGACCAGUGUAUCAGUCCAUGCAGUACACAUCGCCAUGCCGCCACGAUUACAGCUACUGCGCCGCGCAGUAGUGUCACUACCAACACAGCCAACUUACCAGCCGAUCGCGCCUUUCCUAUACCCCUUCCUCGGUCAACAGCGCAACGCCUCGAUUCUAUCCUCCUUGUCCGACACAAAAGGUUCCUACAACAAGCGCAUCAGACGAGGUCGAGGACCGGCCAGCGGCAAGGGAAAGACAUCUGGGCGUGGUCACAAGGGUCAGAAGCAGCACGGAAAAGUUCCUGCUGGUUUCAAUGGUGGACAGACGCCAGAUUGGGUGGUAGCUGGGAAGCGAGGAUUCAAGAAUGCCUUCUCUGUGGACAUGACCAAGGUCAAUCUCAAUCGCAUCCAAGACUGGAUCAAUCAAGGCCGACUCGAUCCUUCGCAACCAAUCACUCUCAAAGAGCUCAACGAGUCGCGAUGUGUACACGGCGUCAAGGACGGCGUGAAACUGCUCGCUCGCGGCAAGGAUGAGCUCACUACUCCAAUCAACAUCAUUGUGUCGCGAGCCAGCGCAGAAGCCAUCAAUACUGUCGAGAAGCUUGGAGGCACAGUCACGACGCGAUACUACACGAACUUCGCCAUCAAGAAGAUUAUGCAAGGAUAUAUGGACCCUAUUCACAGCCUGCAAUCGCGAAUCAACGUUGCAAGCUCGGACAAGGGCGUGGAAGAGCUGGACGCAGAUCAAGUGGCUGAUGCUCUCACGGACGACACGGAGCGAUACCCAUUCCGAUUGCCAGAUCCCACGAGCAGAAAGCAUCUCGAAUACUACAGAGAUUCUGCUCAUAGAGGUUACUUGAGUCAUAUGGUCGCCGAGGGACAAGGGCCAAGUUUGUUCUUCAAGACACCUGGUUCUGCUGGCAGGAUUGGAGAGAGGAAGAAGAAGCUUGUAAAUAAGGCUGCGACGAGCAAAGGCGCGGACAACAGGUUGUGGUAAUCCGCUGAACAAGUAAUUAUCGUAUGAUGACUAUACACAGCUGAAGCUGUCUUUUCUGCAACUCCAGAAUCUAUGCCACAUCGCAAUGCUCAAGUAAAUGGCUACUGUACAUGCUAGACGGCGGUGAUCUGUUGGCCCGAGGCACUUGGUCGCCGGAUUGAGGCUUUCACUUGCGGCCCUCCUGAAAACGGAUCACUGGCCUAGAUCAUGAUA